AUGUUGGAACGCGUGACAAGACAAGCACUGGCAAAGCCCCUCUCGCCGCUGUUCGUAUUCCAAGCUGGCUCUCGCCCGGCCAUCACAUCCACUUCCAACGGCUCCCAGACGCGCAAUGCAACCACCUCCUCCCUCCCAAACAGCUCUGCCGCGUCUCGGCGCAAGGCAGUGACCGUAAUCAACGACACCGGACGAGUACCCUGGGAAAAUUUGAGUAUUGGCGAGAAGGCAGCGAGAGCGACGCAGCAAACAUUCAACUUUGGCCUGGUAGCCCUCGGUAUUGCCUUGACAGGCGGAGUGUUCACCGUCCUAUGGCUCGAGGUCUUCUCGACAGACAGCAAGACCGCAUUUUUCAAUCGAGCCGCCGACCGCGUACGAGCAGACCCGAAAUGUCGUGAGCUUCUGGCAGGAGAAGGUGUGCACAGCAAGAGGGAGAUUAAAGCAUAUGGCGAGCCGAGCUGGAGCCGAUGGGCUCGUAACAGGACGAUUGCAAGCCGGCUGGAGAAAGAUCGAGCGGGUGUGGAACAUUUGCAUAUGCACUUCUAUGUUGAAGGGCCGGCGGCGAAGGGUACUGUCAAUCUGCAUAUGUCGAGGCGGGAAGGUGAAGAGUUUGAGUAUGAGAUGCUUGCGCUGGAUGUGCCUGGACAGCCUCGGUACUACUUGGAGAAUGCAAACUCGAAGAAGCUGGACCAACGGAAUAAAGGGAGGAUGUUUGGCGUGAGGUGGAACUGA